CCGUCUGCUCAGAGCUGUCGGCGUUCGUUGCUAUAAAUAAAAGAGUUGUUGCGGAUCGUCGAUAUGACGCGGAUUACUGUGGAGAACUUCAACGAAAAUUAUCCCCGCAUCCGAGAUGCCAUUUCCACGUGCAAAUUCAUUGCAUUCGACUUGGAAUUUACGGCCCUGUACGUCGAGGACAACGAGAAACGCAGUUUGUUCGAUUCUAUUGCAGAUCGCUAUACGAAACACCGUUCAACAGUUAGCCAAGUGAUUCCUGUACAAGUGGGUUUAUCGCUUUUCAAAAACAACGUGAAAGAAGGCACAUACACAUGCGAGACUUUCACGUUUUACUUGUGGCCCAGGCCUUUCCUCCGCCAAAGCCGCAACUUAACUUUAAGCGCGUCGAGUUUUCAGUUCCUCUGCGAGAACAAAUUCGAUUUCAACGAGUUGAUUUACAGGGGGCUGCCGUUUCUGAAUCGCCAAGAAGAGAAAGAAUUCUUGCAGAUAAUGAAAUCGGAUGACUUCUUCGCGGAAAAUAAGGUUCUCAGCGCGUUCAUAGACGUAGAGAUAAAAAAGAUUUCGAUUUGGCUAAAUAAGAAGGAUUUGGAAGACGAACUACCAUUGCCGGCUAUCAACGAGAAGUACAGGACUAACUUCGAGAUGUGCUACUGCAUACAUAAAAUUAUUAGAAAGUACUUUAAGAAUAUCCACACGUACGUGAAGGACGAUGUUUUUAUGGUCUCCAGAAAGGCAGUGGAUUGGUCCCUGGAGGAUGAGACUAUGAAGAGCGCUCUAGGUUUUACGAACAUAUUCCGACUGCUGGUGCAGAGUAAAAAACCGCUCGUAGGUCAUAAUCCUUACAUGGACCUAUUGUUGUUAUACAACACAUUCGAAGCGCCUCUUCCGCAAAGCUACGCCGAAUUCAAAAGCUCGUUCGUGGCUUUGUUUCCGAGCGUGUAUGACACCAAGAAAAUAAGCAGGGAAAUCAAAAUCCCCGACGGGCUGAGAUUGGCGGCUUUGGAGGAUUACUACGAGUUCUACAAGGAUUCGGGCGGAAGGCAUUUGGCGAUGCGCUCUCCUUUCAUACAGCAGAUCGAUCGCAGCUCUUUUGAUCAUUUCCACGACGCCGGUUGGGAUUCCUACUGUACCGGAUACAUCUUCAUCAGAAUGGCCCACAUAUUAGCCUCCAAUACGUUAAUGCAGCAGAAUCGGUACUUAACAACUACCGAGCAUUUAGCCGCAGUCGCUAACUUAAAGAACUGCAUAAAUCUCAUCAGGUGUUCCAGUCCCCAUAUGAAAUUAGAUGGACCCGAUCCGAAAUCGCUGAGGCCGUCACUGCUCAUCGCCAAGAACAAAUCGAAUAGGCCUUUGGAUUUAACAAAGUUAACAUCGACGCUCGAUACGUGCGGCUAUGUGGAAGUGAAGCCUCUGUCCGGUAAAAAGUCAGCCAUCAUAGCAGUCGAUAAUCACGGCAGCGCUCGAAGGAUUUUGAAUAAAUACAAGGAUAGCCACGAAGUCACCGUGAAACCGUACAGCACGACCUGGCCGAACAACCGGAUGAUUAUUUGGGGUGCCCUGGCCACAUCUACCGGAUUCCUAAUGGCAUUGCUCUUCCGAGAAACACUCAGAAAAUGAACCCAUUUUAACGACUCACAUAAUGUAUUUAUUAUACUAAACAAUAUAUAUUUAAAACAA